AUGGAAGUACACCAAGUUCAUGCAUACUGUCCAUUGGAGCUGGUGAUGAAAACUUUUAGCUGUUUUUGCAGUAGCCAAUGCGAGCGCUUCCGAAUGGGCAUCGUGAAAUAUUCUACUAUGAAAGCAAAGGUUGAUGAUGUAUAUAGUGAAUCUGAUACUGAAAGUUAUAAUGAAGGCAGCACCAGUAUUAUGAAGUUAACAGACAUGAGUGACCUUAUACUCGUAAGUAACUUUGGACUUAAUACUGAUGAUUUUGAUGGAUUGCUGAAGAUGCCCGAUACAGAUACUAAUAAAUUAUUUCCAGUUCCAGAGUCACGGUAA